UCCCUUUGGACGGCUAUGCGCAUGCGUCUGUUGCUGCACAUGCGUGUGGGGGAGGGCAAAGGCGCCGGGGGCCUGCGGGCGCGCGUGCGCAGUAGCGGUUGGACGCGGCCCGGGAUGUCCGGCCGGGUGAAGCGGGAGCGGGAGGCCCGGGCGCCCCCGCGGAGCUCGGGCCGGGUGAAGCGGGAGCCGGCGGCGUCGCGCGGCUCCUCCCGAGGGAAGCGCGAGGCGGAGCCCGAGCGGGUCCGGGUGAAGCGCGAGCCCGAGGACGGGCCGCCCCGGGCCAAGCGGGAGCGCGAGGCCGAGGAGGAGCCGGAGCCGGAGCCGGAGCCGACAGUGAGAUAUGGCCGAUUUGACCCCGAGGACCGGCGCAGCAGACACUGCCCAUACCUGGACACUAUUAACAGGAGUGUUCUGGACUUUGACUUUGAGAAGCUGUGCUCCAUCUCACUCUCGCAUAUAAAUGUCUAUGCUUGCCUGGUGUGUGGGAAAUACUUCCAGGGCCGUGGGUUGAAGUCUCAUGCUUACAUUCACAGCGUACAGUUCAGCCAUCACGUCUUUCUGAACCUCCACACGCUCAAGUUCUACUGUCUGCCAGACAACUACGAGAUCAUUGACUCCUCGCUGGAGGACAUCACUUAUGUGUUGAAGCCCACUUUCACCAAGCAGCAAAUUGCCAAUUUGGACAAACAAGCCAAACUUUCGCGGGCAUAUGAUGGCACCACUUACCUGCCUGGCAUUGUGGGGCUGAACAACAUCAAGGCCAAUGACUAUGCCAAUGCAGUACUCCAGGCCCUGUCUAACGUCCCACCUCUGCGGAACUACUUCCUGGAGGAGGAGAACUACAGGAACAUCAAGCGCCCACCAGGGGACAUCAUGUUCCUGCUCGUCCAGAGGUUUGGAGAGCUGAUGAGGAAGCUGUGGAACCCCCGAAAUUUCAAGGCUCACGUCUCUCCCCAUGAAAUGCUGCAGGCCGUGGUCCUGUGCAGUAAGAAGACCUUCCAGAUUACCAAGCAAGGUGAUGGCGUUGACUUCCUCUCCUGGUUUCUAAAUGCCUUGCACUCUGCUCUUGGUGGGACAAAGAAGAAGAAAAAGACCAUUGUGACCGACGUGUUCCAAGGCUCCAUGCGGAUCUUUACCAAAAAGCUUCCGCACCCUGACCUGCCAGCAGAGGAGAAGGAGCAGCUGCUGCAAAAUGACGAGUACCAGGAGACAAUGGUGGAAUCCACCUUCAUGUACCUGACCCUCGACCUCCCCACCGCUCCGCUGUACAAGGACGAGAAGGAGCAGCUGAUCAUCCCCCAGGUGCCGCUCUUCAACAUCCUGGCCAAGUUCAACGGCAUCACUGAGAAGGAGUAUAAAACCUACAAGGAGAAUUUCCUCAAGCGUUUCCAGCUGACCAAGCUGCCUCCCUACCUCAUCUUCUGCAUCAAGAGGUUCACCAAGAACAACUUCUUUGUGGAGAAGAACCCCACUAUCGUCAACUUCCCCAUCACGAACGUGGAUCUCCGGGAGUACCUGUCCGAGGAGGUGCAGGCCGUGCACAAGAACACCACCUAUGACCUUAUCGCCAACAUCGUGCAUGAUGGGAAACCCACCGAGGGCUCCUACAGAAUUCACGUGCUGCAUCACGUGCGUGACCAAAGGGGUGGGGUUCAGGGUCUGCUGGACACUGUGGGGGCUGGAGUAGCAUGCACAGCUCCCCUCGUCCCUGCUAGCCCAGUGGCUUGCAGUGUUCCCUUGGGGUGUGACUGCUCUAGUCUCUGGGGGAUUUAGCCUACGCAGAGGAUGGCUGACACUAACUUGCUGCCUAAGGCUGAUCCCUCGCAGCUGCUGUAGCCGGGAGCUGAGGAGCUCUCCCCAGUUCGUUCUCUACCCUGCACAGCAGCCGAGGGCAGCAUUUAGGGCUUGCCCCAGCAACUCUGCUCGCUGAAUAGCCCCACAACUGACCUCAGGUAGCAGCUGGCCAUAACCUGCUCUCCCAGUCCAGACGCAUCUUGCUGAGAUGUGCUGGGAAACCAGUUUGCCCACCCCUGGGCUUCUGUGCUCGUCGCUUGGUGCCUAUAUGGAUGAUUGCUCGGGGAGCUGGGGAUGAACUUCCUAGUGCAUGCUUUGCUCUGUUGCUAUGGUGAGGCUGAAAGCAAGAGGCUGGGCAGAGUGGAUCUCUGGCACCAUGCUGGAGCCUGGUGUGUCAGAACUAGCGCCAUGGUAAGACCUGCUGUCACAACUCUCCUCACCCCUUUUGCAAUGGCUUUUGGCAGGGCACGGGCAAGUGGUAUGAGCUGCAGGACUUACAGGUGACCGAUAUCCUGCCCCAGAUGAUAACGCUCUCAGAGGCCUAUAUCCA